AUGCAGGUUGCUAUGAUGCCUGGCCAGUCGCCUUCUUCAACUCUCAAUGGAAAUGCCUCGACGCCAGAUCCUCCUGCUCCUAGUUCGGAUGGUGAUCGUUUACGGGCGUCAAUGGAGGCUUGGAAGCGUAGUGCUGCUGUAGCGAGUGAGCGCUAUGAGGAAGCUAGACAACGGCAGAUCGCUGUUGAAAGGGAUGACCGUCAGGAGCUGCGUAAGAGGUGUGUUUAG